AUGGCAAAUACCAUCAGUGAGAACACUGUCAGCGUCUUUGAUCAGACAGGAAUUUUUUAUGCACUAGCAACCACAAACAAGAUUCUCAAUGUCUACAGCUUGAAUGGCACCACAGGCUAUGAUAUUGGAUGCUUGUAUAGCAAAACUGUUGCAGCAAGUUCAAUAUCAUUAAAGGCCAGUGCUAACCACCAUCGCUUCCUUGUGAACUUGUUUCAUGGCCAUGCUCACAAUUGCCAAUGUCAAAUUCAAUAUCAUCCACUCUAUCAAAAGGGUCUUGGCAUCGAGGACUUAGAAAUGUGCGAACAAAUCUUCUCUGGUUCCAAUGCAGUUGCACCUGUUGUUCGUCACGUGUCUUACUUUCAUUGGCUACAAUUCAUUGGACUACAUUUUGACCAAUGGGACUUAGACAAAUACUCUGAACUCAGUAAAUUCAUCUACAAUAACUACAAGCAGGCCCUCCAUAUCAUCAAUGAGCUAUCGCCUGCAGUUGAAGAGCUCAAGGCACAGCUUAGCCUGACUGAUGUGGAUUUUGAGAAAUGGAACACCGAGGAAUUAGAGUACUUGCAGGCCCUCACUAUUGAGACUGAAGAAGAUGUUGAGAAAAUGACAUACGUUGAAGCCCUUGAGUCCUUGGUGAGCGCAGAGUAA